UCCCCACUUCCGUACGUAACUCCACGUUACUCAAGCGCCGUCCUCAACCGCCAGACUGCGAUGCAUAUUUCCGCUUAUUUGAUUGGCGGAACUGGUGCGCUAGUUUUCGCUGAUUGGUCCGAGGAAAAUCUGCCCCAUAGACGACUGCAGGGUGCUCUUUUUGGUCGACAGCUCGUUUCCCGCCAGCCGGAGCCGUAAACAUGGUGGACGUAAUGGAGUUGCCCAAAUCGCGCAUCAACGCCAGCAUGAUAUCUCAGUUCAUUGACCGGCCAGUCUGCUUCGUAGGGAGGCUGGAAAAGGUGCGCGGGCUUGCGGUCUUGCGCUCCCCGAUUCAUCCCACAGGAAAAAUGUUUAUCCUUUCAGAUGGAGAAGGAAAAAAUGGAACCAUUGAAUUAAUGGAGCCACUUGAUGAAGAAAUAUCUGGAAUCGUGGAAGUAGUUGGAAGAGUAACACCCAAGGCUACCAUCAUGUGUGCAUCUUACAUCCAGUUUAGAGAAGACAACAGUCCUUUUGAUCUUGGACUUUACAAUGAAGCAGUGAAAAUUAUCCAUGAAUUCCCUCUGUUUUUUCCUUUUGGAGUUGUACAACAUGAAUCUUGAUAAAUUUUUUUAUGAUUACAAGAAGCUACAUUGAUGAAUAUUAAAAGAAUCCCUUCAAAUUUGAGGGAGAAUUCUUUGGUUUCUAAUAUUUAAUUUGUUGUUUUUAAAUUUUCAUUAUCAAAUGUUAGGUAUUUCAAUCUGCAGUUUUUGAUGGCACUAGUAUAUUAUUAACUGUUCUCACCUAAGUCCUUUUAUUAAAAAUUACUACUAUAUGGUAUGGUCAGAUAAGAUGCAACAACAAAGCAUCUGGUCUUGUAUUUAUGUUUCUAUUUUACUAAUAAAAAUUUGAAUGGUGUGUACUAUUCA